UACUCCCUUCCUCUUCGCCGCUUAUCACCGCUCAAACCCUCUCUCUCUCUCUCUCUCUCUCUCUGCAUCUCCUUCCUGUCAUGAAUCUCCCAAAACCCUAGCGACAUCUCUCGAUUUCUCUCGAUUUCUCUGGAUCCUCGUCUUCAUCACCAUUCUCUCUCUCUCCCUCUCUCUUCUUUUUGUGCAGCUCCUUCGAAUCCGAAUCCCUAGCAAUAUCCGAUCUCCGGCCGCCCGCAUCAAUGGCCGGAAGCAAGGUCAAUCUGCCGGAGGAUCUCAUCUCCUGGAAAUCGUCCGACGGGCAAUCGAACACCAAAGAUGCCUCUGGAGGAAACAAUGAUGAGAAGGUUCUUAUGGGGUUUCUUGAUGACUCCAAAGAUCAAGUAACAUCUGAGAGCAGCAUACCUUUGUCUCCUCAAUGGCUGUAUUCCAAACCCAGCGAAAGUAAGGCUGGUCUUUUAGCAACAUUAGGGGACAUGCGUGCACCGACUUCUUUGCCUCACGGUCACUCCAUAGAUCCGAUACAGAAAGAGGUGUGGCGCUUGGAUGGAUCUCAAGACAAGAAAGAACGGCGAAGGAAUGGUCCUGAGACUGAAGGCAGUCGCCGCUGGCGUGAAGAGGAGAGAGAAACUGGCUUACUUGGUAGGAGAGAUCGCAGAAAAGAAGGAGAUAGAGAAAACGAAUACCGCAAGAGCGAUCGACGUGCUGAUAUUGCUUCAAAUAAAGAAACCACUGAAACUAGAUCCUUGCCUUCAUCAGAUAGGUGGAAUGACGUAACUAGUCGUACUUCUGGGAACGAAACACGGCGAGACAGCAAGUGGUCAUCAAGGUGGGGUCCAGAAGAUAAGGAGAAGGACUCCCGAACUGAGAAAAGAAUCGAUGUGGAGAAGGAAGAUGCUCAAAAUGAAAAACAGUCCUCUGUAACCAACAACCGUGCAGCUCCUGAGAAUGGAACUGAUUCUCGCGAUAAAUGGAGGCCACGCCAUAGGCAGGAAGUUCAUUCGGGUGGUUCAACAGUUUACCGUGCUGCUCCAGGAUUUGGGCUGGAGAGAGGAAGGGUGGAGGGGACAAGUGUGGGAUUUGCUCCAGGACGAGGGAGGUCAAACCUUGCUGGUAGCAGGCUUUCCUCUGCAGGUCCUAUUGGUGCUGUGCCAGGCAGUAAGAGUGAACCUGGGCAUGGGAAGUCCGGCCCAUCUGCAGAUGCAUUUUGCUACCCAAGAGGAAAACUACUUGAUAUUUACAGGAAACACAAGCUCCUUCCUUCUUUUGAUACAGUCCCUGAUUGGCUUGAGGAAGUUUCACCCAUUACGCAAUCGAGCUCUAUAGAGCCUUUGGCGUUUGUUGCACCGGAUGCAGAGGAGGAGGCUGUUGUAGACGAUAUCUGGAAAGGGAAAAUCAGCAGCAGUGAAGCAAGCCAUAAUAAUACCAUCAGAGACAAGAUGGGAAGAGCCAACAACAAUGAGAAAGGUCUAGGUGAUUUGACUUUGUCUGAGAGCAAACAUGGUGUACUUCCUACAACUAACACUAAAGAGACUGGCUCUAGUGUUGGAGAACAUGAAAAUAAAGUUACAGCCCCAACUGAUGGGACAGAUUCGAGUGUCAGGGCUCUGUUAGUUUCCAAGAGUAAUGAUUUCGGUAGCAAUGUUGUCACAGGACAUAAAGUUGACGAGAAUAGCAUGGUAAAUGGUGAUGCACAUAUGGAAAAUUCGACGCCUCUCAACCAUCCUAAGUUUGAAGAUGUCAAAACAGCUGCAUCUUUUGAUAUUGGCACCAAGCUACCGGAUGAUUCAAAUUCUCUAUUUGAUAUGCAUUCUCUCCUUGAGAUUCUUGAUAAUGAGCAGAAUUUAAAAACUAAUGUCCAAGUAAAGCAGUUAGAACACGGUGUCCAACCCGAGGAGUUGAGUUUGUUUUACCGGGACCCCCAAGGAGAGAUACAGGGUCCAUUUUGGGGUGUUGACAUUAUUUCAUGGUUUGGACAGGGAUUUUUUGGCACUGACUUACCUGUAUGUCUGUCAGACGCUCCUGAAGGAACACCUUUUCAGGAACUUGGGGAAGUCAUGCCACAUUUGAAACUUACAGCACAGUCUCUAUCUGGUAUCAACAGUGGCAAUGAGGCAGAAAUAUCUAAUACUAUUGAGUGCAACAUUGAAGCUAGUACACUUGCACCUGAUUUUACUGGCUCUGCUGUCAUAAAUGAACAACAGUGGCCACUGCAUGAAUUUGAAGGUCUUUCAGACCAUGUUCAGCCAAUAAGAUCCGAACAUGAAGAUCAUACAGAACCUCAUUAUGGUAGGCUGCUGCCUUCUGGUUUGGAUAAUUCAGCCAACAUUCUCAAUGAUGGGAGGAGAAGCUUUCAUGAAUUAGUUGCAAAUGAUGCUGAAGAAGUGUUUUUCCCCGGGAGGCCCAGAAGUAGUGGUGGGAAUCCUUUGGGGAAACAGGCUGGUAACAUUCAUGAUCCUUUGAGGAAUUCUACUCGCCAUUUUCUGGAAAAUGAAAUCAGGGAAACUAUCAUGCUCGAUCAUGGAGGUUUAAAGGGAAAUAAUUUGCACCCUUUUGGACUAUCAUGGUCUGAGCUGGAAGGAACUAAUAUAAAGCAUUCCCAGUCAUCAAAUACUUCUGGAGUUGGCGAUCAGGGCCACCUUGUACAUGCCAUGGGAGGAAGGGACACCCCUCUUUUCAGCCUUAAUCGGAAUUCUUUCAGUGCAUUACCUGACCCCCCUGUUGUUGGGGAGACAUGGCCUGAUAACUAUAGAAGAAACACACUUGCUAGCUCGAGUGAACUUCAUGAUGCUAUGGAUGCUCGUCACCUGUCGCACCUGGAACAAGAAUCCAUCCGUUUGGAUCUAGCAGAGCAUGUGCUGUCACAACAGUUGCACAAGCAACAGCUUCAGCAGCAAAAUCUGCUCUCUAGUCAUCCUUCUAUGCAUUUGAAUGGGUCUGUCGUAGAGCAGUUGCCGAGUGCAUCUUCUGUUCAGAGAUUUAACCCUGUUCACCAGCAGUCCAUUGGUCAAGCUGUGCCAGAUUUGGAACAACUUUUGAAGCUCCAGAUUCAACAGCAGCGGCAAUUCCAGCUGCAACAACAGUAUCAAUUGCAGCAGCAGCUUCAUCAUCACCAAUUACAAUUGCAGCAGCAGCAGCAGCAGCAAUCUCAGGUUGAGCAGUUGCUUCUUGAUCAGUUUAUUCAUCACAAUGACCCUGGCUUUGGGCCACUGCGGGUUGACCGUCAAAUGAGCAGCAUGCUUGAUGAAGCUCUAUUUAGGCAGCAGCACCUGCAUGAACUGCAGCAACAUCCCCAUCCUGCAAGGCACCAUGAGCAACUCAUACAGGCAAAGUUUGGCCAGAGCCUACAUCCAGAGCAUCACAACCAUCUUUUGGAGUUACUAGCACAUGAAAGGCAUGGGCGGAUGCUUCCAGUGGAACAACAGCUUCUUAUAGAUAUUCAACGAGAGCAGCUGCAGGCACAGCAGUUCACUGCUGCAUUGAGGCAGCAGCAAGGCAUGGAAGAAGAGAGGCGUGCUGGUGGGGUCUGGUCGGUUGAUGAAUCUGGUCGGUUUGUCAUGGCAGCUGCUAAUCCUCAUCAGACCCAUUCUCCUGGAUUUAGCCACUUAGAUUACCACCAACAGCAGAGGCCUUCUUCUGGUGAACAAACAAGAAAUCUUGAGCGAAACCUUGCCUUACAUGAACUACUGCAGCGAGGUCUUUAUGAACCAAGCUCAUUGCCCUUUGAGAGGUCAAUCUCUUUCCCUGCUGUUUCUUCUGGGGUGAACAUGGACCUUGCAAAUGCUCUAGCCCGGGUUCAAGGGAGAGAGUUGCAGGAACAGGCUCAGAUGCAUUCUGCUGGUCAGAUGGGCCCAUUUUCUUCUCGUGUUCACCCUCAUCACCCUCAAAUUCCUAACCAGAUUCAUGCUUCACAGCUGGAUGUGCUAGAAUCACAGAUUCAGCAGUUGCAUCUUGAAGCUGAGCGGAAGAAGAGGGAUUCAGAAGUAAAUCUCGUUUAUGAGGAUCUGAGUUCAUGGGCAUCUACCAUAGGCAAUGAUGAAAUUUCAAAACGGGCAGUCACUGAGUUUCUCCAUAAAAAGAUGAGCCUGCCUUCUAGCCAGUCACUAGAACUGGGUGAAGGUGCUACUUCACCUCACGAAAGGAGGGAUCCCUCUUGGGCUGUUUCUGCUUCUGCUUCAGAUCAUCCAUACAAUAUUUUUACUGCUCAAGUUGGUCUGGGUGAUUCAUUUUCAGAAAGGCCUCAUGGUGUUAAUUUGGUGCAUGCAUUGCCGGAGCAUUUGGUGAAUGCAGGAAUGGAAGAAAAAGAUAGCAGUAUAGGAACUACUGAAAGCUCACAAUUUAUAUGCAAUUCUGGAGCAUUUGUUGAAGAUAAACGGUUUUUUAUUGGUAUGAAUGAGAUGGGCCAGGCCAUUUAUUCAGAUUCGAAUUCGACUGAUAAGCCAUCUGUGGAUCGAAUGGACUCCUUAGAAGUGGAGAGCAUGAAGGGUAAGAACUGGGGAUCUAAAAGCAAGGCGGGGAAGGUACCAGUUAAAGAGGCUCAAGAAAGUGCAGUGGAGAAAGCAGGAGCUGCUGUUGCUGAUCAUGGAGAGCUACUGGGUUACACCCCUAGUAGGCAUGCUUCACUUGGCAAUGCUGGUGGAAAUGUGGGCUUCUACAAGUGUGACAUGGGAGUGGAUAAUGCUUAUGGUGAUGAUAUGGGUAAGAAUAGGGUUUCUGCCGCCUUUCCCAAAGGACCUGAUAACUCUUCGAUGAAUUACUCAAAUGUACGGGUUUCAUCAUCUCAGGAGGCAUUAUAUGAGCUGGCCUCUUCCUCCACAGUCAUAGGGAAGAAUCCAGUCAACUUUGCAGCUUCCAAUGAUGGAAGAAGAGACCUUGGUGGGAACCCGACAACCCGGGCUUCUGAAACUGAAGCCUCCACCAGAAAAGACAUGCGCUUCUGCAGGACAUUGUCUUGCAGUGAGACGGACAUUGCUGAGCCAUUGUUCAUAGACAUGCUCAGGAAGCCAGUACCAGAAGUUGAUGCUGCUGCCAUCACCGGAACUUCAGACUCAUCCGAUGUCACUCAGGCUAGUAGAAACAGCAGCAAGAAGAAAGGGAAGAAAGGCAGACAGAUUGACCCUGCCCUUCUCGGUUUUAAGAUCUCGAGCAACCGCAUCAUGAUGGGUGAGAUUCAACGUCUGGAAGAAUAACCCUCACCUCUCCUGUAAUCUCCUCUGUAUCUUUUUUCGGAUGUCUCUUGAGUGUAAAGCUUGUGAUAUUCCAAUUCUUUGAUUUUUUUUUUCCUCUCCCUUUUUUUUUUUUUUUGGCUUUAGGCUUUUCGUCUAGAUGAUGUUAGGCGGGAUCCCAAUUUUGGAAAUCUGGCAGCUUUCUGAAUGUGAUAUAGCAUAGGCAACAGUUUAGGUAAGGUGUGGGGAUAUACAUUCUUGUAUAGACAGUAGAGAAAAGUUCCAUUGAAAAAAGCAUCGCUUGUCUUGCAUCA